GCUUCCGUCCCAGAUGAGGCGCCCUCUCCAGCGGGUCCUGAUAGUGGGGAGCCGCGUCAGCUGCUACUGCCGUGGAGUCGACGCUCUUGCGCUGGGCGUGAGCGGAAGCCUGUCAGGGCCGCGGAGAAGGCAGGCAGACAUGGAGGAAGCGGCCUGCUGCCCGCUCGGCGCCUACUAGGAGUCGCCAGGCCUCGGCUGCGGCCUCCGCGGGAGCCAUGGACAAAGCCAUUGGGGGACAGGAUGUGAAUAAAUAUAACAAGGACAGAACCCUGUAUUCAACACCUGAUGAAGUGUAGCAGAGGAAGUUCAAGCUGAAGGGAAUUAGAAUGUGAAGCUGUCUGCUGAAGUAGAACCAUUCAUUCCUCAGAAGAAGGGUCCAGAUUCACUUAUGAUGCCUAUGGCGCUGCCUAAUGAAAAUGGAGGUGUUAAUGGCAUGGAAGCAGCUCCUAUUCCCAGCUACCUGAUUACUUGCUACCCAUUUGUUCAGGAAAACCAGUCCAAUAGACAACUUCCACUCUAUAAUAAUGACAUCAGAUGGCAGCAACCAAAUCCAAAUCCUACUGGCCCAUACCUUGCUUAUCCCAUUAUUUCUGCUCAGCCACCUGUGUCUACUGAGUAUACAUACUACCAGCUGAUGCCAGCACCAUGUGCUCAAGUCAUGGGUUUCUAUCAUCCCUUUCCAGCACCCUACUCUGCACCUUUUCAGACAGCAAGUGCCAUGAAUACAGUUGCAACAGAAUGCACAGAUCGUCCAACUCAGCCAAAUCAAGUAUUUCCAAUGUGUAGCCAACGGAGUAGAAGUGCCAGCAGAGGGUCAAUUGUGCAAAAACAGCAACAGCCUUUGCAGACCCACAUAAAAAGCAAAAGGCCUCCAGUGAAAAGUGUUGCUACCCAGAAAGAGACUUGUGCAUCCGGCCCUGAGACCAGACCGAAAAUUGUAUUGUUGGUAGAUGCUUGUCAACAAACAGACUUUCCCUCAGAGAUAGCAAGCAAAUCACUGUCUGAGAGCAUGAGCAACAUGCACUGGAAACCAAAAACUAGGCGCCGUCGGUCCUCCCAUCCUGCCGAAUCUUCUAGCGAGCAAGGGGCUAGUGAAGCGGACAUUGACAGCGACAGUGGCUAUUGCAGUCCCAAACACAGUAACCAGGCUGCUGCUGUGACCUCAAGGAGUGCUGAAUCUGUUGCAGGAAAUAUCUUGGAACCUUCAGUACAUCCAGCUGGUGCCACUUGGGCAAAUGUGAGCUCACAAGCAACUCAGAAAAAGCCAUGGAUGGAGGGAACGCCAGCCUUCUCAAGAGGCGGGAGACAAGCUGAGCAGCAUAAUGGUUCACAGCCUGCCUUUCGAUGUAGAGGACACAGUACAUCUUCCGAAAGAAGACAGAAUUUGCAGAAGAAACCCGAGAAACCUGUCAGCUCAAGCCAGUCAAGCAAAAGAGAGCAGAGUCCUGGCUCUUUAUAUUUUGAGGACGAAGAAGAAUUUCCUGAGUUAAAUAGUGACAGUGGCAAUUCCAAAGGUGGCAACAUGCAGCUGAAAAACGCACCCAAAGUGUUGGACGGUUUACCUGAAAACUCUCCAAUCAACAUUGUACAGACCCCAAUUCCAAUCACCACCUCUGUUCCUAAAAGGGCAAAAAGUCAAAAGAAGAAAGCCCUGGCGGCAGCACUGGCUACGGCUCAAGAGUAUUCAGAAAUCAGCAUGGAGCAGAGGAAACUCCAGGAAGCUGUUUCCAAAGCAGCUGGGAAGAAAAGUAAAACCCCGGUGCAGUUAGACCUGGGAGACAUGCUGGCAGCGCUAGAGAAACAGCAGCAAGCGAUGAAAGCUCGCCAGAUCACAAAUACCAGGCCACUCUCCUACACAGUUGGCAACGCUGCUCCUUUUCACACCAAAGAAUCCACCAACCGGAAAUCAUUAGGAAAGGGGCAGCCAUCUGUGGGUUGCCUGAACCCUUUAGAUUCCACGGCCCCAAAAGUGAAACGAGGAAAGGAACGAGAGCUUUCAAAGCUGAAGCGUCCGACAGCACUUAAAAAGAUUAUCUUGAAAGAGAGAGAAGAAAAGAAAGGACGCUUAUCUGUGGACCAUACUGUUGUUGGAGCCGAUGAAGAACAGGAGGUUGAUCUGAACCUGACUCCUAACCAGUCGGAAGAACUUGCAUCACAAGAAGAACCUGGCCUGAGUGUACCAAGUGAUACCUCCCUCUCUCCAGCAAGCCAGAAUUCUCCAUAUUGCAUGACUCCGGUGUCCCAAGGUUCACCAGCAAGUUCAGGGAUAGGGAGUCCCAUGGCAUCUUCUACUAUCACUAAAAUUCACAGCAAGAGAUUCAGAGAAUACUGCAAUCAGGUUCUAAGCAAAGAGAUAGAUGAGUGUGUGACACUCCUGUUACAAGAGCUGGUCAGUUUCCAGGAACAAAUUUACCAAAAGGACCCCAUGAGAGCUAAAGCUAAGAGGAGGCUUGUGAUGGGUCUCCGUGAGGUGACGAAGCAUAUGAAGUUAAGCAAGAUCAAGUGUGUCAUCAUUUCUCCCAACUGUGAGAAAAUCCAGUCCAAAGGUGGAUUAGAUGAAGCUCUGUACAACGUCAUAGCUAUGGCGCGAGAGCAAGAAAUCCCUUUCGUCUUUGCGCUCGGACGCAAAGCGCUUGGCCGUUGCGUGAACAAGCUGGUCCCUGUCAGCGUGGUGGGCAUCUUCAAUUAUUCCGGUGCUGAGAACCUCUUCAAUAAAUUGGUUUCACUGACGGAGGAGGCCAGGAAAGCCUACCGUGACAUGGUGGCAGCCAUGGAACAAGAGCAGGAAGAAGCCUUGAAGAACGUGAAGAAAGUCCCCCACCACAUGGGCCACUCCCGGAACCCUUCCGCAGCGAGUGCCAUUUCAUUUUGCAGUGUUAUUUCGGAGCCUAUUUCAGAAGUGAAUGAGAAAGAAUAUGAAACAAAUUGGAGGAGUAUGGUGGAAACCUCUGAUGGACUUGAAGCCUCUGAAAAUGAGCGAGAAGCCUCUUGCAAGAGUGCUGUUCCAGAAAAGCCUGGCAACAGUAAUAAGGUUAUUGUUAAUAAGGAGCUCUCGAUAGCUGCUGUUGGGGUUGUCACCGUCUCUGCUCAAGGGAAAGCACCGAGCGGGAAAGAGGAAGUGAAGCCGGAUGACAACCUGGAAUGGGCCUCACAGCAAAGUACGGAUACAGGAUCGCUGGAUGGCAGUUGCAGGGAUAUUUUGAACUCCUCCAUGACAAGUACGACCAGCACCUUGGUUCCGGGAAUGCUUGAAGAGGAAGAUGACGAAGAGGAUGAGGACGAGGACGACUACACCCACGAACCCAUAUCUGAAGAGGUUCAGCUCAACAGCAGAAUUGAAUCUUGGGUCUCGGAGACACAACGGACUAUGGAAACGCUUCAGCUUGGGAAGAGCCUUAGUGCCGGAGAGGAUGAGAACGCUGAGCAGAGUGAGGACGAAGAACUAGAAACUCCUGAGCAAGUCGAGUCAGUCGUUGAGAGUGAGGAAUGGACAGCAGAGAAGCAUUCAAGUAAAGCCCAGCAGAAGCCUGCUGUGAGCACUUCCUUGGAUACGACGCCUAUGGACUCAAAUUAUAUACCAUAAACUCAAGCACAAACUCAGGAAACUUUAAUAUUUUAAAACUAACUGUCGUAAGGAUUGCAGCCAUUGCUUUGUGUGCUUCAUCUCAGCAUUUUGCACUGUGUAACAUUUAAUAUGCGUAUUUAAUUCACUACAUAAAUAUUUUUUUGUAGCCGUCUUUAUUACUCUUUCCAUUAAGAACUAGGAGUGUGUGCAUGUGUGUGUAAUGAAUAUAUUUAUAUCUUUCCUGGACAUGAUGAUAAGCUGUUAAUAGGCCUCAUUUUGUACAAGAAUACUCUUUGCAAAUGACCAUUUUUAUUGGAAAAUUAUUCUCAAAACAAUAAUUUCAGAAUUCUUCUGCUGGAGUGACCAAGCCUUGCUUUGUCCUUUUCUUACAGGGUGAUAGUGUCCCAGAGAUUGAGCCAGAAUGGAUCUUUUUAAUGGGCUUUAACAAGAUUUGGAAUCCUUACUGACUAAAAGGGUUAGGAAGAUAUGCAUUAACCAUUCAUUUUAACUUCCAGGACCGCUUAUUGGUCUCUGGAGAUGUGUGUUUCAGAAAUACACUCAUGAGAUGCUGGCUGUGAUCCGCUGAAAUCCUUUGGCAAGGCACUUUGGGAAAGAGAAAUUGGUUCCUUUCCAAUGAACUACUUAAACAUUGGGGCCCAUUAACCAUAGCAACUUUUCAUUGUUUUGGUUUCCUUAACCAAUGUUUUCCAGUUCUCUGACUAUUCCUUAGAUUUUUUUUCCACUUUAUCUCAGGAUGGCUAAUAUGAGUGAUUAAAUGUUAUGUAAAUGCAGAAAGGAUAAGAAUCAGAUAUUGAUAAAGCAGUAGUGAAAUGGACACAGGGGUCUUUUAAGGGAGGGAUGAAGGUGUGAGGGUCAUGUAUUAGCACAUAGCAUCACUUCUUUUGAGUUGGAAUGUGUCAGAAAAUCUGGUCCUCGUUGAGAAUGGGAUCCCCUAUGUUCUGCAUCCGUUUGCAGUGUCUCAGUAAGGUGAAAGAAUCCAUUGAUUUAGUGGGGAAAUUCAGAUUGCUUUCGUUUUAAUAUCUUAAGUGAAAUACUUUUUGUAAUUUUUGUAUGUCUAGAGUCUGAAUUUUCCUCUUUUGCCCAUUGCGGAAUUAUCAGAUAAGCUGCGUGAAAAAAAAUACCCAUCCAGUGACCAGUGUAGGAGAAUUCAUUGGCAGUACAAAAGGACAAGUUUUUGACAGCAUAGACUUUCCAGUGAUAUCAUUGUGAGUUGUUCACUUAAUUAUUUGGGACCAAUCGCUUUAGCAUGUUCGGAAUUUGCUUUUUAUAUUGUACAGACAAAAAUAUGGUUCAGUGUCUUUAAGAGUCUAACAUUGUUACCUGCUAAUAUGCAUAUUAGUCGGUAACAAUGCAGGCAGUGGUUCUCAACCUGUGGGUCCCCAGGUGCUUUGGCCUACAACUCCCAGAAAUCCUAGCCUGUUUACCAACUGUUAGGAUUUCUGGGAGUUGAAGGGCAAAACAUCUGGGGACCCACAGGUUGAGAACCAUUGUGCUAAGGAAUGUAGCAGAAAAACCAAGUUUGAGUGUAUUGUCGAAGGCUUUCGUGGCCAAAAUCACUGGGUUGUUGUGACUUUUUUGGGAUGUCUGGCAAUGUUCCAGAAGCAUUCUCUCCUGACAUUUGCCUGCAUCUAUGGCAGGCAUCCUCAGUUGUGUGGUCUCACAACCUCUGAGGAUGCCUGCCAUAGAUGCAGGCGAAACGUCAGGAGAUAAUGCUUCUGGAACAUGGCCAGACAGCCCAGAAAACUCACAACAACCCAAGUUUGAGUAUUUAUGUAAGUAGCUUUUGGGAAUAUGGAUGAUGUUAAGAAGAUAAGUUUUUGAAGUUUUGUUAGGAUACCUGUUCUCCCUUUUAAAAAGGAUAUUCGAUAUUCAGAAAAUGGCAUUUAUUUCCCCACCUUGUUUUCAGUGCUAGCAAGUCACAUCAUUCUUAAUUAGGUACUUUAAAAAAUCCCCUUCAUUUGUAUUUGACCCGUUUCCAUUUUUAAUAAUGUGUAUAAGUACAUCAAAUUUUCCAUUGCUUCUACUUCCUGCUUUCUUACCAAAGGUCAACUUUCCUGUUGACAAGCUGCAGCCACUCUUCUCAGGGCAAAUAGAACAUUAUUAGUGAAGGAAGGCUUGCUUUGUAAAAUGUUCAUUAUGGUAAGUGACAGCGGAGGACUAGAUGAGAAUCAAAUGUUGUCCUUAAUGUCUUUGAAGUUGGUUCUGAAUUGAAGAGAGGUUGUUCUGGUGCAGUGCAAUGAGAUGCUUGAUUCUGUCAUCUUCUGAAGUAAGCAUUCGUGUUCUUGUUCCUUUUUGUAAUUCCAUGACAGUUCUUGAGGUUUUAGUACAGUGGUUCCCAACCUGUGGAUCCCCAGAUGUUUUGGCCUUCAAUUCCCAGAAAUCCUAAACAGUCUGGGAUUUCUGGGAGUUGUAGGCCAAAACAUUUGGGGACCCACAGGUUGAGAACCACUGUUUUAGUAGCACCUUUGUUUAGAAAGUAGAUUCUCAGACACCAAAAAAAAACCCUGUUCUGUUACUAUACAUAGGUGGAGAUUUUGGACAAGUUCAGGAUAAUAUUUGCUUUUUCGAAAACCCAUUUAAUGAGUUUUACUGUUCAUUGGCAGAAGAUGCUGGUUGCAAGGGAUGAAGUGUACAGUGAGAUUAGAAAAUCCUUGACUUGGUUGAGGUGAUUUGUGUAAGGAAAGUUUAAGACUCUCCAGUAUUUGUAUAACAAUAGCUAGCUGUGGCAAAUGGGAACACAAAGUAAACCAAUGCACUUAAAUUAAACUAGAGUCUGGGGUUGGUAGGUUGCUAAGACAAUAUUUAAUUCUAGAUGUGUGUAAGGUAGCCAAUAAAGCCUAUCAGUAUCAUCCUAUCCUCCCAGCCCUGGUUUACAUUUCGAAUGGCAUCUCUUUUCAGAGUUAAAUAGUAUUUGAUUCCCUGAUUUUAAAGUGUAAGGCAUGACUCUUUCGAUUAAUGCACUUGUGGGAAUUGUGGGCAAAACGCUGGGACAUGUUCUUUGGGUGGGUGGAUGUACACGGGGUGCUUUGAGUCUCUUUCUUCAACCGAAAACUUACAUUUUAAUAGCACAGAGGCAAAGAGUCCUGUAUGGGAAAGCUUCUGUUUACUGAAAUGGUCAUAGAAUUUGUGUGUGUAUGAAAUUGUGCCAACUAAUCAAGAUUUUCAGUCCGUUUACCAGAAUUUUAUCCUCUAAUUCAACAUUGAGCCUUUUUUAUAUAAAGUAACAAAGCCAUAAAUGGAAAUUGUACAGCUUUAUGCCCGGUCUUAUCUUGCAGAAACAAGAAAAGGUCUAAUGCGAUUGCAAACAAUUAACUGUUCAAAACUGAUCAAAAUAGCUGGCACAGCCCAAUUAAUGUUCAUAUGUGAUUAAUGUAUUUUAGAGGCUAUAAUAAAGUAAUGCCUGUUCAUCUUUGAUACCUGUACACCAGUAAUCACAAAACUUAGGUUUGAAAUAGAAAAUCAUUUAUGAAAUUAUUUCAUGAACAAGUUUUGUCUGUGUUCUCCUUUGAUGAAGGAUAAUUCUGUCUACCAUCCUUUUCUGGGGGAAAUAAUAACUGCUUUUUGCACUAUGUAAAUACUAGUGGGGGUUCUUCCAUAAUGAAUAAAAAUGAUUAUAAAAAAAAAAGUCAUGUGAUGAUACACCAA